AUGUGUGGCUACUACGGGAACUACUAUGGAGGCCGCGGCUACGGAGGCUGUGGCUACGGAGGCUGUGGCUAUGGAGGCUGUGGCUAUGGAGGCUGUGGCUAUGGAGGCUGUGGCUACGGAGGCUGUGGCUAUGGAGGCCUGGGCUGGGGCUCCUGCUGUGGCUUUCGUGGACUGGGCUGUGGCUAUGGCUAUGGCUAUGGCUCCCGCUCCCUCUGUGGCUGUGGCUAUGGCUGUGGCUGUGGCUCUGGCUCUGGCUUUGGCUACUACUAUUGA